AUGAGUUUAACUUUAUUUUCCUCAAUCCUACUAAAAAACACAACAAGAUUAUUCUCAAAAAACAAAUCUAUAAUAACAAGAUCCAUAAUGUCAAACAAAAAUUAUACCAUUCUAAACCAAGACUUCCAAAAACCAGACUUAGAUGACAGAUCAUAUCGUUUCAUCGAAUUACCAAACAAAUUGAAAGCCCUAUUAAUCUCAGAUCCAACAACUGAUAAAGCUGCUGCCUCACUAGACGUAAACAUCGGUGCAUUCGAAGAUCCUGAAUCAUUACCUGGAUUAGCACAUUUUUGUGAACAUCUUUUAUUCAUGGGUUCUGAAAAAUUCCCCGAUGAAAAUGAUUAUUCAAGUUUCUUAAGUAAGCAUGGUGGUCAUUCAAAUGCAUACACUGGAUCUCAAAAUACAAAUUAUUUCUUUGAAAUCAAUUACGAACAUCUUAAAGGUGCAUUGGAUAGAUUCUCUGGGUUCUUCUCUUGUCCAUUGUUUAAUAUAGGAUCCACUGAUAAGGAAAUUAAUGCUGUUGAUAGUGAAAAUAAAAAAAACUUACAAAGUGAUAUGUGGAGAAUUUAUCAAUUGGAUAAAUCUUUAAGUUUAUUGGAUCAUCCUUAUCAUAAAUUCUCUACGGGGAAUCUAGAGACAUUGAAAAUUAUUCCUGAAUCAAAAAAUGUUAACGUGAGAGAUGAAUUGUUGAAAUUUUAUAAUGCGAAUUAUUCAGCAAAUUUGAUGAAAUUGUGUAUCAUUGGUAGAGAAGAUCUAGAUACAUUAUCUGAUUAUGUUCAAUCUUUCUUUAAAGACGUUAAGAAUAUAGAUAAAGAACUACCAUUCUAUGACUCGAAAAUCCUAAAUGAUGAUCAAUUAACAAAGAUUGUGUCCGUCGAGCCUGUUAAAGAAUUAAGAAAAUUAGAAGUUUCAUUCGUAGUACCUGAUUAUGAAACUCAUUGGGAGUCAAAAAUUCCUCAUAUCUUAAGUCAUUUAAUUGGUCAUGAGGGUAAUGGUUCAUUAUUAUCUCAUUUGAAAACUCUUGGUUGGGCAAAUGAAUUAUCUGCAGGUGGUCAUACUGUUUCACGUGGUAACGCAUUUUUUUCAAUUGAUAUCGAUUUAACUGAAAAUGGAUUAAAAAAUUAUGAACAAGUCAUAUUAUUGGCUUUCCAAUAUAUUGAAAUGUUAAAAAAUUCAUUACCUCAAAAAUGGAUUUACUUAGAAUUACAAAAUAUAGCUAAUGCAAAUUUUAAAUUUAAACAAAAGGGCAAUCCAUCAUCUACAGUAUCUUCAUUAUCAAAAUUACUUGAAAAGGAAUAUAUUCCAGUGGGAAAUAUUUUAAGUACUGGUCUUUUCAAUAAAUAUGAACCCGAAUUAGUGGAAAAAUAUCUGUCUGAAAUGAUUUACUCAAAUUCUCGUAUAACUUUAAUUUCAAAAAAUUUAGAAACUGAUUCUAAGGAGAAAUGGUAUGGUACCAAAUAUAAAUUAGAAGAUUAUUCAGUGGAUCUAAUCAAUAAAAUUAAAACACCUGGAUUAAAUCCAAAUUUCCAUUUACCGCGUCCAAAUGAAUUCAUUGCUGAUAAUUUCCAUGUGGAUAAACCGAAGAAUGAAUCCGAUAUAAUCCCAUUAGAAGAACCAUUAUUAUUGAAAGAUACUUCAAUGGGUAAGCUUUGGUAUAAAAAGGAUGAUAGAUUUUGGCAACCAAGAGGUUACAUAAAGAUAUCUUUCAAAUUACCUCAUACUCAUUCCACUCUUUUAAAUAGCAUGUUGACCACUUUAUACGUGCAAAUGGUUAAUGAUUCAUUAAAGGAUUUACAAUAUGAUGCAUCUUGUGCUAAUUUACAUGUUUCACUUUCUAAAACAAAUCAAGGUCUAGAUAUUUCAUUAUCAGGAUUUAAUGAUAAACUAAUUAUCUUAUUGACGAGAUUCUUACAAGGUAUUAAAGAUUUUAAGCCAACUUCAGAAAGAUUUCAAAUCUUUAAAGAUAAGACUAUUCAACAUUUAAAAAAUUCCAUGUAUGAAGUCCCAUAUUCUCAAAUGUCUUCAUUAUAUAAUGCUUUAAUUAAUGAAAAAACAUGGUUACCUGAAGAAAAAUUAAAUAUGAUGAAUAAAUUAACUCUAGACCAAUUGAAUUCAUUUAUCCCCUUCAUCUUUGAUGAAUUAUUUUUUGAAUGUUUUGUUCAUGGUAAUUUGAAAUAUGACGAAGCCAUCGAAAUCGAAUCUUUAAUCGAUUUAUUAAUGUCAUCAAAGGAAAAUUUAACUAAUUCACAAUAUGAAAAUGAAAAAUUAAGAUCAUAUUUAUUACCUAAAAAUAAAACAUAUAGAUAUGAAACUUUAUUGAAAGAUAGAAAAAAUGUAAAUUCAUGUAUUCAACAUGUCAUUCAAGUUGAUAUUUAUUCAGAAGAAUUAUCUGCAAUUUGUGGUCUAUUUGCUCAAAUGCUUCAUGAACCAUGUUUUGAUACUUUAAGAACUAAAGAACAACUAGGUUAUGUCGUUUUUAGCUCCACUUUAAAUAAUCAUGGUACUGCAAAUAUUCGUAUCUUAGUUCAAUCUGAAAAAUCAACACCUUAUUUGGAAUGGAGAAUUGACGAAUUUUAUAAGAAAUUUGGUGAUUUAUUAAAUGGAAUGUCAGAUGAAGAUUUCACGAAACAUAAAGACGCUCUUUGUAAAAGUUUGACCCAGAAAUUCAAAAAUAUGAAUGAGGAAAGUAUAAGGUAUAGUUCUGCCAUUUAUUUAGGAGACUAUAAUUUCAUGCAUCGUGUGAAGAAGGCUAAAUUAGUAGAAGAAUUAACUAAACAACAAAUUAUUGAAUUUUAUGAGAAAUAUAUCAUGAAUGAAGAUUCAUCACGAUUAAUAGUUCAUUUGAAAUCUCAUUUGACGAAAGAUAACAAGAUUGAUGCUGAGAAAUUAUACCCAAGUGGUGAGUUGAUUGAAAAUAUUGGAUCAUUCAAAUCCAAAUUAUUGGUUGCUCCAUUACGUCAACCUGUAAAGAAAUUCGAAAUAUAUAAACCGUCAAUAUAA